AUGGACAGUCAGCAGUGGAUGGCAUGUGCCAUCCUCAUAAUCGUGCUCGUCGGAAUCUUCGGAAACAUUCUUUCGUUCAUUUUAUUCAGUCGGCCACAUAUGCGUUCCUCAUCGGUUAACGUGUUGCUCUGCGCCUUAUCAUUCUUCGACUUUUCGCUGUUAUUGCUUUCCAUUCCGAUUUUCGUCAUACCCAAUAUUGAUCUAUGGCGAGACGAGAGAUCAUUAGUUACAUACAUGGCGUAUAUCCUUAAAGUGAUUUAUCCAAUUAAUUUAAUGAUGCAAACAUGCUCUGUCUAUAUCAUGGUAAUGAUCACGUUGGAGAGAUGGAUAGCGGUGUGUCGCCCGUUGCAGGUUCGCGUCUGGUGCACUUCCCGAAAAUCUCGUCUUGCCAUCGUCGUCAUCGUGAUUGUGGCAUUUUGCUACAAUUUCAUUCGAUUUUUUGAAUAUCGAUUUGUAUCCACUAAUAAUGGGGCAAUUUACGAGAAAUGGCUUCGAGACCCUGGAACCCACAGAUGGUACUAUGUUGGAUAUUAUACAAUUUUAUAUAUCGUCACUCACUUCCUCGUCCCUUUUACAGUCAUGGCACUUGCCAAUGGGCACGUAAUCGUAGCCAUGUGCAAGCUGAGCAAGACAAGGCAAUUGCUGACAAGACAGCAACAGCGAGAACGAUCGACGACAGUGAUGCUGCUAAUAGUUACAUUUGUCUUCGCUAUCUGCAAUACGCUUCCAUUCAUUCUCAACGUCACCGAGAGCAUAUUCCCGACAUUGUUUCUAGAUGAGAGCACGAGCGGUCUUGCCUAUUGGCUCAACGAUCUGUCCAAUCUUCUGGUUGUACUCAAUUCGGCUACAACAUUCAUUGUUUACUUCACGUUUUCCGAGAAGUACCGCCAAACUUUGGUGUUCAUUCUCAAGAAUGGCUGUUGUGCGACAAUUAGCGACUACAACACAUAUCAAGCGAUGUCUCGAACGGCUUCAAUGCGAAUUUGCUCCGAGAGCCAAACUGGACCCAACAUUCAAAGGCAGGGCAGUAAAAUGAGCACGAGCAGCCGAUCUUCCGAUGUUCUUCUCAAGCCGAUUUACAUGCAGAAACGAAGCGAACGCUUCUCGUCGGAAUACAACGAGCGAACUUGUCGCCAUCUGGCUCCUAUCGACGAUCACAAAAACCAUAUCCCAAAAUUGAACUACGAGAAGCCGACACGCAAAAAGAAGUUACACAAAAUGUCGGCUGCGGAGCAGCGCAAAACGCCGGAAAUCACGAUCACUUUCAGCGAGGAUGUGCUACCGGAAAACAAUGACAAUUUUCUGAAUACGUGA